CGGGGCGGAGCAGGCAUGGCCCGCCGGGGGGCCGCCGCGCUGGCGCUGGCCCUCGCGCUCCUGGCGGUGGCCCUGGCCCGGGUGGGCGCCCAGGGCGCAGCCCUCCAGGCCCCGGACUACUCCGUGCAGGAGACCUGGAGCCGGGAGCCCUACUACGCGCGCCCGGAGCCCGAGCCCGAGCCCUUCUCGCCGCCGCUGCCCGCGGGGACCGGGAACGGGGAGCGGGAGCCGCGCCCGCCCGAGUCCAGGCCGCCCAAGACGGCGACCAAGCCCAAGAAAGCUCCCAAGAGGGAGAAGCUGGCUCCCGAGGCGCCUCCGCCAGGUAAAAAUAGCAGCAGAAAAGGCGUGAGAACCAAGAGCUCUGAGAAGGCUGCCAGUGAUGAUCACAGCGUCCCCGUGGCCCGUGACGAAGUCAGAGAGGGUUGCCCACCUCUUGGUCUGGAAACUUUAAAAAUCACAGACUUCCAGCUUCACGCAUCCACUUCGAAGCGCUACGGGCUGGGGGCGCAUCGAGGGAGACUCAACAUCCAGGCAGGUAUUAACGAAAAUGAUUUUUAUGAUGGGGCGUGGUGUGCAGGAAGGAAUGACCUCCAUCAGUGGAUUGAAGUGGAUGCUAGACGUCUGACCAAAUUCACUGGUGUCAUCACUCAAGGAAGGAACUCACUUUGGCUGAGCGACUGGGUGACCUCCUACAAGGUCAUGGUGAGCAAUGACAGCCACACGUGGGUCACUGUUAAGAAUGGAUCGGGAGACAUGAUAUUUGAAGGAAACAGUGAAAAAGAGAUCCCUGUUCUCAACGAGCUGCCCGUCCCCAUGGUGGCCCGCUACAUCCGCAUAAAUCCACGGUCCUGGUUCGACAACGGGAGCAUCUGUAUGAGGAUGGAGAUCCUGGGCUGUCCGCUGCCAGAUCCAAAUAACUAUUAUCACCGACGGAAUGAGAUGACCACCACCGACGACUUGGAUUUCAAACACCACAACUACAAGGAAAUGCGCCAGUUGAUGAAGGUCGUGAACGAAAUGUGCCCCAACAUCACCAGAAUUUACAACAUUGGCAAGAGCCACCAGGGCCUGAAGCUGUAUGCCGUGGAGAUCUCCGACCACCCUGGGGAGCACGAAGUCGGCGAGCCAGAGUUCCACUACAUGGCGGGCGCCCACGGCAACGAGGUGCUGGGCCGCGAGCUGAUGCUUUUGCUGCUGCAGUUCCUGUGUCAGGAGUACUUGGCCGGGAACCCCCGCAUCGUCCACCUGGUGGAGGGGACCCGGAUCCACAUCCUCCCCUCCCUCAACCCCGAUGGCUACGAGAAGGCCUACGAAGGGGGCUCGGAGCUGGGCGGCUGGUCCCUGGGGCGCUGGACCCACGAUGGCAUCGACAUCAACAACAACUUUCCUGACCUAAACACGCUGCUCUGGGAGGCAGAGGACCGACAGAAUCUCCCGAGGAAAGUUCCCAAUCACUACAUUGCGAUCCCUGAGUGGUUUCUGUCUGAAAAUGCCACGGUGGCGGUGGAGACCAGGGCCGUCAUAGCCUGGAUGGAGAAGAUCCCCUUCGUGCUGGGUGGGAACCUGCAGGGCGGCGAGCUGGUGGUGGCAUACCCCUACGACAUGGUGCGGUCCCUGUGGAAGACGCAGGAGCACAGCCCCACGCCCGACGACCACGUGUUCCGCUGGCUGGCCUACUCCUACGCCUCCACGCACCGCCUCAUGACCGACGCCAGGAGGAGGGUGUGCCACACGGAAGACUUCCAGAAAGAGGACGGGACCGUCAACGGGGCCUCCUGGCACACCGUUGCCGGAAGUCUCAAUGACUUCAGCUACCUUCACACAAACUGCUUCGAGCUGUCCAUCUACGUGGGCUGUGACAAGUAUCCGCACGAGAGCCAGCUGCCCGAGGAGUGGGAGAACAAUCGGGAGUCCUUAAUCGUGUUCAUGGAGCAGGUCCAUCGUGGCAUCAAAGGCAUGGUGAGGGACGCCCACGGAAAAGGAAUUCCCAAUGCCAUCAUCUCCGUGGAAGGUGUUAACCACGACAUCCGAACAGCCAGCGAUGGGGACUACUGGCGCCUCCUGAACCCCGGGGAGUACGUGGUCACGGCCAAGGCGGAAGGGUUCACCUCGUCCACCAAGAACUGCAUGGUCGGCUACGACAUGGGGGCCACACAGUGUGACUUCACUCUCAGCAAAACCAACCUGGCCAGGAUCAGGGAGAUCAUGGAAAAGUUUGGGAAGCAGCCCGUCAGCCUGCCAGCCAGGCGGCUGAAGCUGCGCGGGCGGAAGAGACGGCAGCGCGGGGGACGUGCCAACACUUGAGGCCUGUCCCGGACCCUUGCAAAUUAAACCACCCCCGUAGCUCCAUAGAGGACUCCCUGCUGUUUUUCUCUGUAAUUCACGAAGGCCUGGGAGAAUGCGUGCAUUGCAAGCCUGGCCCCGAGGGGAGGGCUGAAAGCUUAGGAUUUUUUUUUUCUUUGUUCCAUUUUUCCAAAUAACUUGGACAGAUCAGCACAGAAAGGCUGGUAGGAGUGAGAUUUCAGCAGCUCAGCCUGGGAAUCGGAGACAGAGAGGGGGCCUUGCCCGCUCAGGGUCUCCUGGCCGCACAGGAAGGGAAGCCAAGGCUUCCCCUGCUGCCAUGCCAGCAAGAGCCCCUCACGCAUUUGCAUUUUGCUGGGCUCCAAUCUCAGCGUCCUGGGGCCCUGCUGUCCCAGAAGUUACCAUCUGAGACGCUUCUGGGCCCUCUGAGAGAAUCCACCCUCUCUGGCCCCGGGGCAUUCCAAGCUGCUGCAGAUUGAUUCUGCCCUCUGUGGACAAUGGAGACAUUACCAAGUGAGCAGCCAUGAGCCUCUAGAAUCCAUUCGGUCUCCCUUUCAACAAAGGACAGUGUUUCUAAAAGGAGAGAAAGGCUGAGCUAGUCCACCAGUGAUUGGUCGGCAGCUGCCAGGGGGGCUCAUCUGCAGGGUCCAGCAGCCCUGGGGGCGGAGCGGGAGGGAGCCCGGCAUCUAGCCCGGUCCCCUCUUUGAUCUGCGGGGACUUGAGAAGGGCCAGGAGGCAGAUCACCGGCAGCCCUCUCACUGCCUCAGAUGUGCCCCCUUUCACGGAAAAUGCGCGCACGUAAGUUGGCUUAACAUCGCCAAGGGAGUUAUUUUUGAUGUGUGGGAUGCCAGACCUUCGAAUUAGGCCACGAGUGAUGAAAAGGUCCUAGAAUUAUCUGUGGAUUAUUGGUUUGGGAGGGGUUGUCGGAUGACCAUCCAAGAACACAGCCUGUCUACUUUUUCUUGAUAUUGCUGCCUCACUGACCUGGGAAGAAAGAAAAAUAAAGCAAGCAAAUGGUGA